AUGUCCUGCUACAAUCAGUGCCGCCCAUGCCAGCCCUGCGGCCCGACCCCACUGGCCAACAGCUGCAAUGAGCCCUGUGUCAGGCAGUGCCAGAACUCCACUGUCGUCAUUGAGCCCCCUGCUGUGGUGGUGACCCUGCCUGGGCCCAUCCUCAGCUCCUUCCCGCAGAACACCGUGGUGGGCUCCUCCACCUCUGCUGCUGUUGGCAGCAUCCUCAGCUGUGAUGGAGUGCCCAUCACCUCUGGCUGCUGUGACCUCUCGGGCAUUUCCAGGCGCUACUGGGGGAAACGAUACCUUAAGGGUCAAAAGACCCCCAGAUGUAAGUGGCUUAUAUGCAUAAGAUUUAGGCCUUAUUGUCUAGCUUGCUGUUACUUUGCUAAAAUUAGUAUUGUCUAGCUUGCGGU